AUGUUAAUAACAUUAGCAACAUUGCUUAUGGACCCUAUAUCCAACAUAGGCGUCACAAAGACGGUUGGAGGAUGGAUGGCGGCCAACAGAUUGAGGUUGAAUCCUGCCAAGACAGAAGUACUGUUUUGGGGGGACAGGAGGCGGGCGGGUGUGGAGGAUUCCCUGGUCCUGAAUGGGGUAACUGUGCCCCUGAAGGACCAGGUGCGCAGCCUGGGAGUCAUUUUGGACUCUCAGCUGUCCAUGGAGGCUCAAGUCAAUUCUGUGUCCAGGGCAGCUGUGUACCAGCUCCAUCUAGUACGCAGGCUGAGACCCUACCUGCCCACGGACUGUCUCGCCAGAGUGGUGCAUGCUCUGGGUAUCUCCUGCUUGGACUACUGCAAUGCGCUCUAG